AUGCAAUUUGAGAAGAUCCAGCGGUUAUUGGAUUGGGGGGGACGUUUUGGUGUCGAGAUUCCGAGUGGAGUUCGCUUUGAGUUCGAUGAAAUUGAGGGAAUCCGCUGUAUUUGCACUGAGCGAAUCGAGAGCCCGAUGCUGAGUAUACCCAGCGACUUAAUUAUCCGCAAGGAAUUACUAAGUUUAGCAUUGCCAAAUAUCACCUACAAAGAUGCGGAUUCCAAUACAUAUUUGAAGUUUUUACUGGCCAAGUUGAUGUACGACUGCCGCGAUGAGCAGAUCAACGAGUUGCGCGGAAAGUUUAAACCGUAUUUGGACUGUUUACCUGCCGUAGUAGAGUCACCACUUAUCUGGAACCCACGAGAGCAGGCUUUAUUGGAGGGUACAAAUUUGGGGAGCUCUCUUCGCGAUAAAUUGCACGCUAUCUGGAGGGAGUGGUACACUGCAAUUCAAAACUGUGAUAUCUUUGACAAAACUGCUAUUCAAAAGGAUUUAGAAUUAUAUGAAAAUUACCAUGGGACCUCUAUGGAGAUAAUUUAUGAAAGUAUACUCAAGGAAACAGUUCAUCGGACGCCUGCUGUGUGGUACUCAUUCUCUGCAUUCUUGUGGUCGCAUUUAAUAUUCUUGUCCAGAGCAUUCCCUGAAUAUGUCUUAAACAGCAAAUGUCAAAAGCAUCAUGUUAUGCUGUUACCAAUUGUGGAUCUGCUUAAUCAUGACUAUAAAUGCAAAGUCGAAUGGCUUGGUAGUGCAUUUAAGUUCUCGUACAAAUAUUUGGGGUCCGCUGAGAAAGGCACACAAUUGUAUAACAAUUACGGUAGGAAAGGAAAUGAGGAAUUGCUAUCAGGUUACGGUUUUGUGUUAAUGGACAACCCGUGCAGUUCUGUCGCUUUAAGGAUCAAGCUGACUUUUGAUAGUAUAUCUGAAAUUUUGACAAGUGAACCAAGUAUACGAUUACUAACUCUCGAGGAUUAUACGACAUUUGCGUUUGACAGAAGACCUGGCGGUAACGAGAACCCAGAAGGAAAAAAUGCAGAGCAUAUUUAUCGCGAGGGCGUGACGUACCUCAUCUGUAAGAAUAACGAAGGCUCAUUACAAAAUAUGCUAAGCUUGUUUGCUUAUCUGAAUAAGGUAGAUCAGGAAGAUUGGAAAGAAUUAGCUUCCCAGUUCCGUGGCCUGCAGAGCUUGAGGCUGGCUCUGGACCAGAAACUACGGCAAAUAGAUGUAAAAUGCGUUGAAACAGAACCCAAUCUUCAGUACCCGAUUGACCACCAGAGAAAGCAAAAUGCAGUGACUUACAAAAAGGAACAAAUUUCGAUACUGAAAUGGGCCCUCUCACUACUAAAAUCGAAAGAGAAACAGUGGUUGAGCGAAAACAAAACUGCGUUACUAACGGCAAAAAAGGUUAUGAAAUAUGACCCGAGAUUCCUCGAUGAAGAACUGCCCGCUAUGCUUGGCAGAAGUGUGGAUGAUUAUUUGGCAUCGCUCAGCUCGCACCAGUUUCUGGCGUUGUGGAUCUCAAUGAAGCUCUUCAACAGAUCGUUCGUGGCAAAGUAUUCCUGGGUGGAGGAGAACUACAAGAAUUUCAUUUCAGGCAAGCCCAAUUUGGCACAGAUUUGCAGUGAUCCAGAGGCUGAUUCUUUUCACAGCGCUUUGCUCGAGAAGAGCGGCGCGCGCUUCAGCAUUAGCGUCGAAGACAUAAGAUCAGUGUUCCAAUUUCUAGCCGGCAGAACAUUCACAAGACUAGCAUCAAGAGAUCAAGAAACGAUAUUGGUAAGAAGACUGGAUAAGUGGUCAACUCUAGAUUAG